AUGGCGCACCAGGGAGUUUCACCUCAAGAAAUCGAGGCGUUAUGUAAAACUCCAAAUCCUGCUACAAAGGAGUUUAUUUUUCAACAAACAAUGUACCGCAUCAAGGACCCAAGAAAGUCUAUACCAUUCUAUACUGGAGUACUUGGCAUGACCUUAUUAAAACAGCUUCAUUUUCCAGAAAUGAAGUUCUCAUUAUUCUUUAUGGGAUAUGAAAACUCCAAUGAAAUUCCAUUAGAUGAAAAAGAAAGGACUUCUUGGGCGAUGUCAAGAAAAGCCACUUUGGAGCUAACAUACAAUUGGGGCACUGAGAGUGAUGAUUCUAAUUAUCAUAAUGGUAACUCGGAUCCUCGUGGGUUUGGACAUAUUGGAAUCAUGGUCCCCGAUGUUGAUGCUGCUUGUGCUAGAUUUGAAGAGCAAGAUGUGAAGUUCAUUAAAAAGCCCCAGGAUGGCAAAAUGAAGGGAUUGGCUUUCAUUCAGGAUCCCGAUGGCUACUGGAUCGAGAUUUUCAAUGCUAAUUGUGUUAGCCAGUAA